GCGUUAUCAGUUAGCAGAAAUGGCACUCACAAUGCAGUCGCGCAGCACGUGCGUUCGCAUGGGUCAGCGCCGCGUUGGCGCUCCCAUCGGCGCUCAGGUCAUUGCACCAGCACGCCGGCUGAGUGUCGCGCGCGCCAAGACAGAAAGUGUGGACCUGCCUGUUGGAGAGCCAGCGCCUUACUUUGAGCUGCCCGAUGCGGUGACCGGGAAGACCGUCAGCCUGAACGAGUUCAAAGGCGCACCCGCCACCCUGGUUAUGUUCAUUUGCAACCACUGUCCCUACGUGGUACAUCUGAAGAGCGCCAUCGUGGAUGUGGUGAAGGAGUACUCCAGCAAGGGGCUGAAGGCGGUGGCCAUCAGCAGUAACUCCACUCAGACCCACCCGCAGGACGGGCCGGAGAAGAUGGCGGAAGACGCCAAGAAGUACGGCUACCCAUUUCCGUACCUGUUUGACGAAUCGCAAGACGUCGCCAAGGCCUACAAGGCCGCAUGCACCCCCGAGUUUUACAUCUUUGACUCGGAACUCAAGCUCACCUACCACGGCCAGUGGGACUCUACGCGGCCUAAACAGGACCCUCCCCAGAUCCCCACCAGUGUGGACAUCCGAGCGGCUCUGGAUGCAACACUGGCCGGAAAGCCGGCACCCAAGUCGCGACCGAGCAUCGGUUGCAAUAUUAAGUGGACCCCUGGCAAGGAGCCCGAGUACUAUGGUGCCCAGAUCGUCAAGAAGUAGAGAACCGCCAAUCCCAGACCCCCUCCCUCUAUGGGUUUUGUCAGUUACACAGCUGAGCUGAGCUGAGCUCCAUAAGGCCUGUGUGCCUUACGGAGUGCAACAUCAAGAGGGUAUCGAGUGUCGUCCUGUUCAUUGAUGUCGUACGGCUGUAUGGCGCUGUGAAAAAGAAGUUAGCGUUCAAGCACUUGCCGAGCUCCUGAGAAUUGCCUACGAGGCGCGGCGAGAGGCUACAUGCAGAGGCUGUAGAGAUGCAUGCACAGGCCGCAUUCCCGUCGGAGCAGCUAAUGUGCUCAAUCAUGCAGUGUUUGGUGUGCCUCAAAUUUCAUGAACUGACCUGGAUACACUUCUGAGUCUCAGCUACCCAAGGAAGGUAACACGCUGUCCUGGUCAACUUGUCCUGUGCCUUAGAUCGUGUCCAACUCCCUGUGUGUGUAUAUGUUGUGCUGUUGGGCUUACAAAGGCAUAAUUGCCAGAGGUGAGUUUGAGCUGAUGAAAGGUUUCUUGUCCAUAUGGAGCCAGGAAAGCAAAGGGCUUCACGUGCCGUGCUUUCGCGACCCUAUUGAUUUAAAAUUUCGCACAC